CCAACUCCAACUCCAACCUCGUCUUCUCCGCCAUUUCCCUCUUCCUAACUCUUCAAUCUCUCUCUCUCUCUCUCUCGACUCCAUUCUCUCCCAUCUCUCUCUCUCUCUCUUUCUUUCUCUCUUUGCUACACACACGGAGUCAGUCACUCCACGAGAAACAACAAUGGCCGCGGCUUACUCUUCGUUCCUAUCGACGCCUUCUCUCUCCAGCUCCAAAUCCACCAUCUCCUUCUCCUCUUCCGUCUCCGCUUCCCCACUCCCAUGCCUCCGCCGCGUCGUCUUCUGCUCACCAUCUCCGGCAUCUUCCCGCCGUAGAAUCAUGACCGUUCAAUCGAAGAUCAGGGAGAUCUUCAUGCCCGCUCUCUCUUCCACCAUGACUGAGGGUAAGAUCGUUUCAUGGAUCAAAUCCGAAGGCGAGAAGCUCGCUAAGGGAGAGAGUGUCGUCGUUGUCGAAUCCGAUAAAGCCGACAUGGAUGUGGAGACCUUCUACGACGGAUAUCUCGCCGCCAUUGUCGUCAGCGAGGGUGAGACCGCUCUGGUCGGAGCUCCGAUCGGAUUGCUGGCGGAGACAGAGGCCGAGAUUGAGGAGGCUAAAGCGAAGGCCGCUUCGAAAUCAUCCUCCUCCGCUGCUCCUGCCGUCGCUCCCUCUCCUCACCCGGCGACUUCCUCUCCCGCUCCGGCUAUCUCUCAGCCCGCUCCGGCGGCUUCGGUGGUUCCGGAUGGACCCAGGAAGACGGUUGCGACGCCGUUUGCGAAGAAGCUCGCAAAGCAGCACAAGGUGGAUAUCGGAUCCAUUGUAGGGACGGGACCGUACGGAAGGAUUACCCCUGCUGACGUGGAGGCCGCUGCGGGAAUCGCUCCAUCGAAGCCCACCGCGAACCCCGUCGUGGCGGCUCCCCCNNNNGCGGCGGCGAAAGCCUCCGCCAGCAACUUGCCGCCAACGUUGCCUGAUUCCAGUGUGGUUCCCUUCACAACGAUGCAAGCGGCAGUGUCCAAGAACAUGGUGGAGAGUCUCUCCGUUCCCACAUUCCGCGUUGGUUAUCCCGUGAACACAGAUGCACUCGAUGCGCUGUACGAGAAGGUGAAGCCAAAGGGUGUGACAAUGACUGCGCUUUUGGCGAAGGCUGCAGCCAUGGCUCUUGCUCAGCAUCCUGUGGUGAAUGCAACCUGCAAAGAUGGAAAGAGCUUUACUUACAAUAGUAACAUAAACAUUGCAGUGGCUGUGUCUAUCAAUGGUGGAUUGAUCACACCUGUUCUUCAGGAUGCAGAUAAGUUGGAUUUGUACUUGCUAUCCCAAAAAUGGAAGGAGCUGGUGGGGAAAGCCAGAGCUAAGCAACUGCAACCACAUGAGUACAGCUCUGGGACAUUCACUUUAUCCAAUCUAGGCAUGUUUGGAGUGGAUAGGUUCGAUGCCAUUCUCCCCCCAGGCCAGGGUGCCAUCAUGGCUGUUGGAGCCUCAAAGCCGACCGUAAUCGCUGAUUCUGAUGGGUUCUUCAGCGUGAAAAACAAAAUGCUGGUGAAUGUAACGGCGGAUCACCGGAUUAUAUACGGUGCCGACUUGGCUGCUUUCCUUCAGACAUUUGCAAAGAUUGUGGAAAACCCAGACAGCCUUACCUUGUAGAAAAACUCAUCUCUCAUCUGUUUUGUCUGUGUUCUUCCAUUUUUGCACCGUUUUUUUUUUGGAAAAAAAAAGUUGUUUGUUUUAAUCCUUCUUGGCUCACCAUUCACUUUCAUCACUUGAGGAGUUUAGCAUUUUAGUAGACUAAUAAACAGCCGGCCCCAGCCCGAAGGUUUCGGGUUUAGGUUCGAGUCA